ACAUGAUUGCCUUGACAGAUGGAAGUCGAAUUCUUGGAUUAGGUGAUCUUGGAGUUCAAGGAAUUGGAAUACCCAUUGGAAAACUUGACGUGUAUGUUGUUGCUGCUGGUAUCAACCCCCAAAGAAUACUACCAGUCAUGCUAGAUGUUGGCACCAACAACCAAAAGCUACUUGAAGACCGCCUUUAUUUAGGACUUCGACAACCAAGGCUGGAAGGUGAAGAGUAUCUGUCAAUAGUUGAUGAAUUCAUGGAAGCGGUUCAUGCUCGAUGGCCCAAGGCCAUUGUGCAGUUUGAAGAUUUCCAAAUGAAGUGGGCUUUUGAAACUCUAGAACGAAAUAAGAAAAUAUUUUGCAUAUUUUAAUGAUGAUAUACAGG